AUGGAAGUUUUCGCGAAAACUCGACAAUGUUCUGCAUCGCUCCCAAGCUCAAACGAGUUAGCUUUUACUCAGGAUUGGUCCAACAUUACGAAGGCCGUAGAAAGGAAACUUUCGACUGUUUCACAGAACUUAACCCGUAGCGUAGCUGGUUAUGUUGUCAAGGUAUCCGGUGAAGCCAGCAUUUCCAGCGGACAAAUACCUACGGCCUUGGUACUAGCUAGCGUCAAUACACCUGACCACAGUGCGCUAUACGGACAACUGCGGGAGCUGAUCAUUAGUGAAGGAGGAAUUGUAGCGUUGUUGGAGUCCGACACCGAUGUAUCGACUGCCAGGGGUAUCAUCGCCGCUAUGUACAAUCAACUCAAUUCAUCAAAUGAGCCUUCUUUCUCCGAACUAGAGCAGAAUUCUCCUAAACGAAGGUCUACUUUGGACCUCCCGACUUCGUUAAAAUCAACUUUCCUUGCCAUUUCUUUGUGGUACGACGUAAACCUCCUUUUUCCACCACCGCUUCAAAUUUUAGAAUUGAUGACCGACAUUUCUGCCAACCAGAAACUUAAAUCACGUAAACCGUUGCUGCCUCAGACCAGCAACCAUCCAACUGAAGCCGCCUUAACCAAACAAAAGACGGCAGCGACUCCGUCUCAUUACCACAAGAGAACCACGAUGGACCGGCGGAAGUCUGCCACGCCGAAAAAGGAUGCGGUGUCUGCCAUCGCGGCUGUUCCCAAAGUGUCCAAAAGGCUCUCUAUGAACGUUCGCAACUCUUCAAGCGGAGGGACAGCAAAUGCCCCUGUUCUGAGGCCUCUGGUAGUUGUUAUUCCGGCAAUAGAGACUAUCUCAGCCACAGUACUUCGGGACUUCAUCGAAUUGGCAUUUGUCUACUCUUCCACCUGCGCUACCUCCCAACCCUCAUCCGACGAAGGAAAUUGCCUUCUAGGUCGCCAAAAUAUGUUUGGUGCACUGCCCAUUCGUUUUGUUUUUGGACUUUCCGGCGCCGCUGAUCUGGGCCUGGAGGUCCGCUGCGAUGCCAUGACCCUCUCUCGUUUAGCCAUCAAGCGCUUCAAAAUACCCUCGCCUGCCGUGUUCCUUCAGGCCGCACUGACAGAGAUGAUACACACCCCCGGAUUUCGUAUGUCCCGCUGCAUGCUCAACUUUGUAGUCGAUAGCGUUUACAUGUGCGUUGACUACUCAAUCGAAAACUUUCUCAAGAGAACAAAGGCCUGCAUGCUUUUGCACUACCAAAAUCUCCGGCAUCCCCAACUGCUGCAAGCGUUGGACAUAUCCAGUUCUUACAUCCACUCCUUGAACUACGAAGACCUCACUGAACUGGUUGCUACCUACCCUUCCCUUGCUGAAAUUGUUGCAGAAGCGCCUGCUGACAUCCUAUGCGCUCGCCUUACCGAGUGUCUGAAAAGUCACUGGCUUAGUCAGCUACUCUUACCUCGCAUACUCAGUUGGAUUUUGGCCCUCUUUGCUUGCCUGGAAAUUCGCCCUCUCCCUUCAACCGUAAGUUGCGUUCCUAAACCGCUUAUUGAAGAAUUAGGGCAUGCACAUCCCAAUUUUUACCCUUAA